GAUUACGCUAGAAGGCGUUAUGAAGAAGCGUUUGAAAAUGGAUGGACAAAGAGUGGUGGUGCCUCAUUUGGCAAAAAAUUUCUUUGCAUGCCACAACCCUAUGAUAGGAUUAUCGCGUUCGCAAGACCAAACAACUUGCUAGGUGAAGAAGAAGGAAAGAUCACACGACGGAUUGUUGCUGUCAACGAUGUCAUGAGGGAUAUCUACUAUGGAGUCACGUAA